AUGGGUGAAAAUUCAAAAUUGAAGCUCCUGCGAUUCCUAGCUGGCAACUCUCACACUCGGACACACACAUCGAAUUCUGCGACGGCCGUCAACGCUCCAAAAGUGGAACUAGAGAAGACAGACUCCCCCGCAAGAGAGACUCUCAUAGAGCAAGCUUCCGUCUUCCUCGAAGAUGAGUCCAUACGAGAUGCCCCUGCCGAUAAAAAGAUUGCGUUCCUCGAGUCUAAAGGGUUGGAAAAUGCGGACAUCCAAAAACUGCUCCGUGUUCCAAGAAGCCCCGAGUCUACAAAUACAGGCGCGAAGUCGCCAUCUAUAUCUACAGAUUCCGUGAAGCACAUACCAUCCAGUGCUCAGAUAGCUCAUGUGGAUACAUCUAGUGCGACUUCACCGUCGCCUCCUUCAAACAGCCCAAGCCCUCCAACGACAACAACACCGCCAAUUAUCACAUACCCCGAAUUCCUCCUCCACACCCAGAAACCACCACCCCUAGUUACCUUGCAGGGUGUUAUGUACACGCUUUAUGGUGCUGGCGGGCUUGCUGCUACAUUAUAUGCCGCUAGCCAGUUCCUUAUCAAUCCAAUGUUGGCGGAGCUGUCACGCGCCCGACAUGAAUUAGCCGAAACAACCCAACGCAACCUCAGUACUCUGAAUGAAAAGCUCGAAAACACGGUUUCCUCAAUUCCGCCGCCGCCCAUCCACCAGCAUUCCUCGCAGCAUGAACAGGAUUUAAUCGAUGACGAUUCCGUGUCCAUAAUCUCAGAUCCAACAGAGCUGUUCCACAGGGACAUUGCAACACAAACAUCCCCGGAACUCUCACCCAAUCCCACAUUGCCAAUCGAUGGGCCUCAACGCUGCCGACCUUCCAUCAUCAGAGAAGACUGUGGAUACUCAUGUGAAACGUCUACAAUCUAUAUCUUCACAAUUGGCUGA